CCACAUCGGAACUCCAGUCAGUGAGAUGCUCAACUUGCCUGGAGACGCGGAGCAGCCGGGCCUCUGGGCGCCGCCGUCCUUGCGCUCGACGGCUCCCUGCCCGGACCCCCAGUGAGCCCCGGCCCCAGCCCCGGCUCCCCCUCCUCGGGAGGGACCCCAGAGACAGACACACACAGACCGAGAGCGGAACCAGCCCCCCGCCGCAGCAGCCCUCCAUCCCGCGGCCGGAGCCGCUUUGCAGUACCAGUCUUGGCAAUGCCGUUUGGAUGUGUUACCCUGGGAGAUAAGAAGGAUUAUAACCAGCCAUCUGAGGUGACUGACAGAUAUGACCUGGGGCAGGUCAUCAAAACAGAGGAGUUCUGUGAGAUAUUCCGUGCCAAGGAGAAAACAACUGGCAAGCUCUAUACGUGCAAGAAGUUUCUGAAAAGAGAUGGGCGCAAAGUGCGAAAGGCAGCCAAGAAUGAGAUCAUCAUCCUUAAGAUGGUGAAACACCCCAAUAUUUUGCAACUGGUGGAUGUGUAUGUUACCCGGAAAGAGUACUUCCUCUUCUUGGAGCUUGCCACUGGUCGGGAAGUAUUUGAUUGGAUAUUAGAUCAGGGUUACUACUCUGAGCGUGACACCAGUAAUGUCAUCAGGCAGGUUCUGGAAGCUGUGGCAUACCUACAUUCCCUCAAGAUUGUUCACAGGAACCUCAAGCUAGAAAAUUUAGUGUAUUACAACCGCCUGAAGAACUCCAAGAUUGUGAUCAGCGACUUUCAUUUGGCCAAACUGGAGAAUGGGCUCAUCAAGGAACCCUGUGGAACCCCUGAAUAUCUAGCUCCUGAGGUAGUCGGACGCCAGCGAUAUGGACGGCCUGUGGACUGCUGGGCAAUUGGAGUGAUCAUGUAUAUUCUCUUGUCAGGGAACCCACCCUUCUAUGAGGAAAUGGAUGAGGAUGAUUAUGAGAAUCAUGACAAGAACCUGUUCCGUAAGAUCUUGGCUGGUGACUAUGAGUUUGAUCCACCCUAUUGGGAUGACAUCUCCCAGGCAGCCAAGGAUCUGGUGGCCCGUCUGAUGGAGGUGGACCAGGACCAGAGGAUUACAGCAGAGGAGGCUAUUUCCCAUGAAUGGAUUUCUGGCAAUGCAGCUUCAGACAAGAACAUAAAGGAUGGUGUAUGUGCUCAGAUUGAGAAGAACUUUGCCAGGGCAAAAUGGAAGAAAGCAGUCCGAGUUACCACAAUGAUGAAGAGACUCCGAGCACCAGAACACACAGAUGCAGCAAAAGCCACCCCUCCCGCUGCUGCAACGACAGAUGGUGUUGCCCCAACAGAAACCACCAGCACCUCGCAGGUCAAACCAGAAGCAGACAGCAAAGCUCCAGUGGCAACUGAGGCAGCCCCAGCUACAAUAGCAACAGCACUCCCUCCUGCAACAACAAGCCCAGAAGUAACAGCAUCAACAGCUCCAGCUGUUACUGCAGAAACUCCAGCUACGACAUCAGCAACCCCAACUACAUGUAACGGGGAAAACACCACUGCUCCCAAUGCCACUCCAGAGUCCUGGAAUGAGGAGACUGGCUGAGUCAAAGGGGAGCUGGGUGAGGGCAGGGUUGUACCUCUCUUUGUUGUAUUUCUCUUUGUAAAUAGUUACUGGCAUGGUACCCCAAACUGUCCUAGCUUCCUCAAAAAAUCCCUUCUGCGUCUGGCUGUCAGUAGUCUGACUCUAUGUGUCUUCAGCUAGGUGCCAGCAGGGUUUCUAUUUUUUAUGUGACAGAGUCCAAUGUGACCCUGAUGGGCUCAGGUAAACAGAUGGCUGGGCCUCUACAACCCAUUGCAUGAAAUAUUCUCUCUCCCUCUUUCCCACUUCCCCUCCCCUAAUUCUCCUCCAUAGCUUUCCUUUGUUUUGUCCUAUUUUGUGAUUUCUUUAUAUUUAUAUUUCUUAUUCCUAAUUGGGCAUUUGUUUUACUUCAUUUAUUUUACGCAUUUCUUACUUUAGCUGCCUUUCAAAAAUGCACUCUUCCCAAGCCAUUCUCAUUUUCUGUCCAGGUCCUGGGCUGUCUGGGCCUGUCUGAGAGAAGCCAGGGCACUCAGAUCAGCCAUAGAAGGCAUACCUAUCCAAUUGGUGGGGGUACAGGGAAUGAAACACACAUCCAGGUCAGGUUGCUAGCUUACUGAAAGAUAGAGAAGUCCACACAUGACCAUAAUGGAUCUGCUAUGUUAGACAUACUUAUACAGCAAAGAUGAGGAAAGGGUAGCUUUCCAGAUGCAGUUGGAUUGCCACUCCCAUCUUCCCUCAGCAUUGAUCCUGGUGGCAAUGGCUGAUGAAACUGGUAGUCCAACCACCACUAGAAAGACAACCCACUGCUGCUGUGCAGAGUAAAUGUGGAAUUCAUGUGUUCAACAGUUUACAUCAUUUACACCUCUGCGUCCACCAUCUGAAUAUGCAUGCACAAAGCUAACGCUAUCCCAUGUUUAGUAUGUUUGUGCGGUAUGUGACCUUCCAUAGAACUGUCCAUAUAUGGACACAGUUGGAACCUUGGGCUAAGAUGGAAAGCAAGCCAUCUGCAGGCACGCUAGCCAUGGAAGGUUAAAGGCACAUGGUAGGUUGUCUGUCUGUCUGUCUAUUUAUUUAUAUUUUAGACUUGUCACAUUUUUCUGCAUUGCCUCCAGAACUGAGUACUCAAGUAGCUGACAUGCUAGUAUAUGACAAUAAAGGGUGUUCUUUUCACCCUGGCACUGUAAUCCAAAAACUAGCAGUCCUGAGCUUGUAUAAUAAAUACUACAAUCACAAUUAUAUAUAUUAUUCAGUACUGUCAUUCUCCCACCUAUGUAACAGAAAUAAUGGUGCCCUAUAUUUUACAUAGUGGGAAAUGUAAUAGUUCUAUAUUUCUUACAAGAGAUGUUGCAAAAGGUUGACAUACUAUAAAAGAGAUAGAGAGCCACAUAUGAACUACAAAGUAGUUUUCCAUAGUUCUUACCAGUGAGAAAUGAUCAUACCAGUUCAUGAGUGAAGAUGAGAUCAGCUAAAUGGAGAGCAGCAGUUGUAGCUUAAGUAACAGCAGAUGACUAGCCCCCAUCUUAUGGAUGUUUCACUCAAAAGUAAAUCUCACUGAGUUUAAUGGCACUAAGUGUCAGGUUAGGUAAGCAUAUGGCAAGCAUACGGCAAGCAUACAAUAAUAGCCAAGUCAGGCAAUGUGGGUUACCACCAAACACUGAAAAGUUGCAGAGAGAGAGGAUGCAAUUGUAGAUGAGAUAUAUGCAGGUACGCUGUCUUUUUCCUAUCUGUAGUUUGACUGAACUGGAAGAGUUUGAGGCGGAAGGGUUCAGGACAGAACCAGCAGAUGGGGAAAGACUUAAAACCCCAAUUCAAUGCCAUCCUCCUAGAAUCCUUGUGCCACACUCAAACCACUACACCAUGUUGGCUCUGCAGCCCCUUACAUACUCACCCAAACAAAAAAAGAAAGAAGAAACACACACACACAAAAAACAGCCAAACUAAAAACCAUAAAUUCUGGACAUGUCAGGUAUGCCGAUGUGGCUCCUUACAGAGAUAUUUGGGGUGAAAAUGGGCCCCCAUUCCCUCCACAGUUGCCCACCUCUGACUUAUAUAUUGGCCCCUUGAUGGAAGAGACGGGAGGCAUUCAUGCUGCAUGAUAAUAGACAGCUGGGGUCCCUAUGACAUCUGAGUUGACAACGUCUGACAAAUCACUCUCUUUUUUAACCAUACCUAUUUUGCAGUUUGUCUGGCUUGUCUGGCUUAUCUUAUUCCUUUUAAAGUUGCUGUUACAUGGUGAGAGAUAGCAUGAUAAGCCAGACAAACUGACUUUCCAAAUUUUCCUUACUAUAAGCCUUGGACAAAGGUUUAAAUCAUACAUUCAGUAGUUAUGUGAAAAAUUCCACAAUAUGCCAACACAAUUCUUGAUCAUAUUGCCAUUAGUAAUUGCACAGUGAAGAAUCACUAAAACAAUGCAAAGAGCCACCUACACAAGCAAUUUACUACAUGGAACAUCUUCAGUCUGGUUGGUUUCAAGGAAAUUAUUUGUGAUUGUUUGACUUGGAUUUAUGUGACCUUUGAUUUUGUCCAUUUCUCUGUCUCAGAUAAUGAAAAAUAUCUUCUUUUUGCCAGUUAUAAUGGGAUCUAGAUAUACAGACUGUGUCUCCCUUAUCUGAAAUGCAUGGGACCAGAUGUGUUUUUAGAUUAUGGAGUAUUUGCAUAUGUAUCUUUGAAGAUGGGACCUAUCUUUGAAGAUGGGACCUACGUCUAAACAUGAAAUUUAUAUGUGUGUCUUAUACACCUUGUAUACAUAGCCUGAAGGUAAUUUUAUAUACAGUAUUUUACAUAAUUUUGUGCAUGAAAUAAAGUUUGUGUACACUGAAUCAUCAGAAAGCAAAGGUUUCACUGUCCCAGUUACAUGUGUGGAAAAUUUUCGAUUUGGGGAUAUUUUAAAUUUCAGAAUUUCAGAUGAGGAAGAUUCAAUCUGUACAUGUUUUUGAAGCUUAAGGUUCUCUUUCCCACAAGGAAAAGAAACAUUGGCCCCAUACAGACAGGCCAAAAUAAAGCUGCUUCGGGUCACUUUGGAGGUAUGCUGUU